AUGAUUGAAGGGUCUAUCGACUAUUGUUACAAGGGUGUUGACACUACAGCGGAAUGGAUAACAGCCUGUAGAAGAGGAGGGGCAGAUGGGGGGAACUGCGACAACUAG